AGUGUAUUAAGUGCAGUCGUAUCGUUCGGUUCGUUCUCACGGUGAAAAGUGGUGGAAUAGGUCCUGUUCGGAGGACAACCUCAAUACGGCACCAACACAUACGCACAACUCGGCCAACUCACACGGACACGGGUGCGGUAGUUGAAAGUAAAAGUUGUCCAAUGUGCAAUAACGGUAAAUAAUAAAUGAGCCAAUGUGAGAUAUAUGGGCACGCAAUGUGAAAAAUAAGGAAAAAUAAUACAAAAAAGAAAUAUAACCUGCGUGCCAGGAUGCCAAAAUCAAAUAAAAAAUUGUGAAAAUUAGCAGAGAGAAAAUUUCAAGGUCUAUAAAGCUCGUGACCCGAAACUUUUGACUAAACCUUAAUUCAAUCAAAAUCCAAUCAAUCAACGAAAAGCCACCACAGAAACGGGAACAAAGGACACAAAAACAGCGUUGAGAAGGCAGCUGAAUCCCGGCAUCCGUGGAAAUCCUACAAUCCCGAAUGGCCAGCAAUCGGCUAAUGAAGAUGAAGUGAAAUUGUGUUCGAGCCGAAAUUAAAUAGAAUAUAAAUCGCUGGAAAAAUGGCGGCGAUUUGUCAGCCUCUGUUGAGCAGAACAAAUGCAAAGUAGUUCUACAUUUAACCGAAGGAUAACUAAGGAUAUAUAUUUAGAGAGAGACAGAGAGAGAGAGAGAGAAGGAAAUUCGGAAGUGGAUUUUCUUUUUCGAACUUGUUGUUGUUGCGGCAAUUUCACGCAUCGCAGCGGAAUGAUGAUGACGGCAGGCGCUAAUCAGGCCGCCCCCAGCCACGCCCCACAGUUAUUCCGCAAACACAUUUUCAAAUAGGUUUCCGUUGCAAAAAGAGAAGGAGCCAAGCAGAAGGAAAAAAAGGGAAAACCCAAAAGAAGCGUAGGGGGUGGCAGCACCACGCUCGCAAGUGAAAUAUUAUGGCAACUUUUCAAAUGGAAAUGCGCCAGCAGCACCAGCAGCAGCAACAACAGCAACAACAAACGAAUUUAAAGCAACGAGCAACGGCAACGGCAACGGCAGUGGCAGUGGCAACAUCCAAAGCCAGGCGACAACGACAACAACAUUUACAGCCGGAGCCCUUUGACCCACCACAAUUCUGCGAGGAUUGCACAAGACUGUGGCCAGGAAGUGGCUCAACCACUGCUGACAGGGUCAACAGCAACAACCCACUCACCUGCAACACCAUCAGCAGCAGCAACAGCAACAUCACUGGGCCCAGCUGCAACAUCAGUCGCCCAAGAGCGCUGAUAAUGCUCAGCAUGCUUGUCGUUGUCGUCGCUCUGAUAUCAGGCAAUGGAGUUUAUGCCGCUCAGCGUGACUCGUACAAGUCGAAGGAUAUGAGCAGCAGUAAUAAUGCCUUGCCCAACGAAGGAGUGGGAGGAUCGGUUGCUGGAGCGGGCGAGGCUGCUGGUCCCACUGGUGUCGCCGGAAGCGGAAACGGAAGCGGCAACAAUAGCAGCGGAAAUAACAAAAAUGGCCAGGCAGCUGGCGGAUCGAGCUCGGUCUCAGAAUCCGCCGCUUUGACAACCGAUGCCAGUCGAAGUUCUAUUGGCAGCUCCACCACCGUCACGGGGAUUCCCAGCAGUAGUUUGCACAAGGCCAGCAACAGCGGCAGCAACAGCAACACAUUCUCAUCCCAGAUUGCAUCCGGUUUCCAUCGCAACAGCAUCGAUUUGGAGGAGGCCCGCAAUGCGGGUCCCUACUUCGACAAGGCCUUCUCCAAGAAUGUCACCGCCCUGCUGGGCAAGACGGCCUAUUUGAACUGCCGGGUCAAGAAUCUGGGCAACAAGACGAUGUUGCUUCAGGUGUCGUGGGUGCGACAUCGGGACAUACAUUUGCUGACAGUUGGCCGAUAUACAUACACGUCGGAUCAGCGCUUUCGGGCCAUACAUCAGCCGCAAACCGAAGACUGGAUGCUGCAAAUCAAAUACCCGCAACAUCGCGAUUCUGGUAUUUAUGAAUGCCAGGUAUCUACCACGCCCCAUAUGAGUCACUACAUUCAUCUAAAUGUCGUUGAACCUUCAACGGAAAUUAUCGGGGCACCCGAUUUGUAUAUAGAAAGUGGCUCCACUAUAAACCUUACCUGUAUCAUACAAAACUCACCGGAACCGCCAGCCUAUAUCUUCUGGAAUCAUAAUAACGCUUUUCCCGCUCACCCGCAGAUUAUCAACUAUGAUUCGCCGCGCGGAGGCGUGUCCGUCGUUACCAACAAGGGAGAUACGACCACCUCAUUCCUCCUAAUCAAAUCGGCGCGUCCUUCUGAUUCCGGGCAUUAUCAGUGUAAUCCAUCAAAUGCGAAGCCCAAAAGCGUUACGGUACAUGUGCUCAAUGGUGUUUCCCAUUCCGUUUCCAGGGGAGUUCCCAGCAGCAAUGCAGCACGCGGCACCAGUGCAUCAUCGCCCCUCGCCCAUUCGCUGUCUGUUUGUGUACCUGUUUGUGUGCUUUUGCAGCUGGGCGCUUGCAGGUGGAUCGCUGCGCUGCUGGGCGCCGUUCUUAGCACGUCCCCGCCCCGCCGCUCCACACAGCGAGAUAGGAAGCGUCCUAAAAAUUCAUCAGGAUAUUCGAAACUUGCCAGCGAAUUGCGGCAUUUCCUCGCAAGCGUUUUGAGUUGGCAAUGGCGAUGGUGUUGGCGCUGGCAUUGGAAAGGUACACAGCGGCAACAGCAUCAGCAGAUGCAGCAGCAACAUCAACAUGAGCAACAGCAUCAACUGAAACUACAAUCACGCCAGGAGGCGGCAACGUGUAGGCAACUUUUCGAGGCAGACAUAAGGUGAGCUACCCGCCCAACACCCUCCUCAAGGCCACUCUAAACUCAACCGUAAGCUGUAAACUAUAAUAACUAUAAAGUAAACAUACAACAUACAACAACUCUAUUGGCUAUUGCGUUUUUCUAUGAAUCAGCGACGUAUACGUAAUAUUUAGCACAAAACAGAAUAAAAAAAUAAAGAAAAACGAAAAGGUAAAGAUAUUAUAUAUACUUAACUAUAGAUAAAACCGAAAAUCAAGCCAAGUUGUCGCCUUUUUUUAUGUACGACUUUGUAUCAUACAAUGAAGCUAUCUAAGUCCUUGGUUCUUGUUUAUAAAUUGGAAAUUGUGUAAAUAGGCUGCAUAGCAUACCUAGAGGCGCUUUUUUCGAUCGACUCUUUCCAACCUUUGUAACUUUUAUAGCCAAAACAAAAUUCAGCGGAACGUACCCUUCACGAAACCUGCUCAAAAAGCCUGCAUUAAAAUCAAGAGAAAAAUAUUUUCUAGCAAAUACCAGAACAGGAAACGCUUCUCGACUGCCACUUCUGCGACUGUUCCCCUCGAAUGCCAAAUGAGAAAUUCUCAUUUGCAUUUUGCGAAAUCCUAAUAGACAGAUAAAUGUUCAACCGAAAGGCAAUUAGCAAAACGCAAACUAAAAACAUUCAACUUCAAGUACAGGCUAUAGCAAAGAAAACAAAAACGAAAAUGAAUCCUAGAAAUUAAAGCGAAAAAGAAAAACUGUGUAAAAUAUAAAAGAAACCUAAACCCAAAGGGGGGGAAAUUUAGCUACAAGUUAAAGCAAAAAAAAAUAAAAUAAAAACAUAAGCGGAGAUGGAGAUGGUGAUGGAGACGAAAAGCAGAACUCGUUGAGGGGAGAAUUUUUCUUUUGGCUGCAUCUGAAUGGUUAGAAAUUAAGUCAUAAAAUAUAUGAAAAGAGAAACCCUCGAAUAAGUUGUUUCGUUUCGUUCUUGUGUAAUGUACAAAUUAAAUAAACUUAAGAAUUACCCAGCGUGCAGAGGGAAAGGUUUGAAUUUAGGAUACAAUCGGCAUAGAUGGAAAAUUGUUGCACAUUUCAUACAUUUAUUUGUUGUUACUCAAUGCGAAACGAAAAUUAGUCAAGUGUUAAAAACAAGGAAACAAAAAACGAUUAAGAGAUAUUUGAAAAGAGCUCUGGGUAAAAAGUAUUUUACAUCUAACUACAAUGUUAAAUUUCUAUGAUUGUUCUCAGGUUCUUUCCAUAUAAAAAUGGUUUAUUUUCAAUUUCCAAUGUCCAACUUGUUUCUGUUUUGGGUCCUUUUAAGAACACAAAGCUUUUAUCUAGCUAAUUUCUGUCAUCACAUCAAACUUUGCCAUAGAGCACAUAGAGCUAACCAAAUACAUAAAAAUAAAUCCAAACGUUACAGAAAAAAAAAACAAAAGAAAAAAACUAUUGAUAGAAUUUAAAGUAAAGGGAAAAGUUUCAUUAAUCAAGCUAAGCAUUAAGCAAAAAUAAAAACUAAACAAGGAUAACAGACAAAAAAGAAAAACACUAUUGAAAUACAGCAUGAGUAUUCAGAGACUAAAAACCCAAUCCCGACAGGUUUUCCCCAAAGCUUUUUCCAAUUACCAUGUAAAAUAUCCACAAAGCAUAAACACAUUCAAAUUCCAUUCAUAUGAAAUUUCAUGCGAGUAAUUUCUAUUUAAAUUGUGCAGGCUAUAGAAAUGUGGGAAAAAAAAGACGAGUUCAAAUUAGAAUUCGCAUUGUGUUUGAUGAGGCGUUUUAUGGUUAUUCGAUAUUUAUUGCAAAAAUGUUGUCAACGGUUGAUUAUCGCCGAUCAAAUGCACACAAUAUUCUUUGUGCUGUAUUAAAUAUUCAAGGUGUUUUCAUAUCACUCUGCCAAAUAAAAUUCUUUUCAAAUUUCCAAUUUCAUCGGACAAUGCAAAUGUCAAAUUCUUGAGAUACUUUUAGUCUAAGCUAACAAAAACAGAAAAACAGAAACAGAAAUGAAAACUAAGAGACCGCAUAAAACUGAAGUAAAUAUUGUAUAUGUAAAUGUGUAUUUAUAAAAUUAUGAUAUAAAGAAAAGCUAUAUAUAUAUAUAUACAUUAAAGAAACUUAGUUUAUUUAACACACAAAACCGAAAAGAAAACUGAAUCAACAAUGUUAUUAAAGCUAAACGAAAAACAUAACAUUUGAAAGUAACCUUCAAUUAAAUAUGAGCCACACAGAAAUACGAUAAAUACGAAAGGAAAGGGAAGUAAAACGGAAAUCUUUUAAAAGUGUAAGAAUUUAAAAUGUGCAAAAAAAAAACCAAUGAAUGAAUGAAUGAGAAAAACUGGAAAUAAAAGGAAAAACUGAAAAAAAAAAACGUAAACUAAAAGAAAACUAAAGCAUAUUAUGUCAACUGUUAAUUGAGUUGUUUUAAUGGUCAGGCGAUGGAGGGGCGUGUUUAAUGGCCCAGCAAAUGCGUAAUAAAUUAUGCGUAAGUAAAAGUGAAACAAAUCCUGGCUAGAGUCCACUAGCUAAAUGCAAACAAAACAACAAGGGGAAACCCAUUUUUCAUGCUCGCUACAAAGGAGGAAGGCUACAAGGGGUAAGAUGUGGUAUAAGCGAUAAUAUAAUGAAAUGGGAUUAAUCAUACGACAUGUAGGCCAGCCCGAAGGGAGGCAUAAUGAAUGCCGAGUCCUUGCAGCACAUUACACACACAUUUACUGGGUUAACAUCGUGUUUUCCCUCCUAUUUUCAUACAUCCAUCCAUUCAUCCUCCUCUCCUGCGACAAAAUUUAGAGCCCUUACGCCAUUACGUGCCAUUACGUUACGUGUGGCCUUACGUAGCUCGUUUUUAAUAAAUAUUAGCACAUAGUUAAACAGUUGAGCGCACGCUGAUGGAAAAUCAAUAUACAUAUACACCCUGCACUUCCCCAAAGUCACCCACCCACCCCCACCUUUUAUCCUACUUCCUGUGGCGCUGCAAAGUAUGCUACAUACACAUAUUUUAUUGACGAAAAAUUUCGCGGAAAAGCGAGGGGAAAUUGCGGUUGGACAGUGGGCCGGACUUAAUGCAAAAACCACUCAAGGACAAGUGGGCAAUAAGCGA